AUGGCAAAGUCUGACAUUAUACCAAGGACUUUUUGCGUACAGAAUUGCUUUCCGACGUCACUUUCGCCGAUUCAGGCUUGGCCGUCUUCGGAAUUCCACAUUCCGGGGGUUGGAGAUCUUGACCAAUCUUUUCAACUCUUGGCACAGCUCUUCACACUACUUGAUAACAAUAUCAUCAUGGCAGGGGAUAGAAGAGGGGCCUACAUGGAUGCUAAAAGUGUAGACCACCUUCAAUAUGCCCUGUCAGCCAUGGACAACAUUGCAGCUGUGGCGCCUAGGCUCCAGGAAACACAACGUGUUAACGUCUUGAUGACGGGCAAUUGGAUCCAAAUCCUUUGGUGGCAAUACGCGCUUCGCCAUAUCCAGAUGUCCAGCCGCGGAGAAAGUGACGCUGCAUUCUCAAUAUUGGAACCUGCAUUGGUGGCCCAGAAGGCUAUGCGACUUUUCGCGUCUGUCUCCAGAGACUCAAUUACGACCCACGGGUUCGGCAUGGAGCUUAAGGUAUUCCGUAUUACGGACGCACUGGUCGACCUGUUGGCCUGUAACAGAUACCUGCUUGAUUCCACUCGAGUCAAGGGCGGAAGCAUGAUGGUGGGUCCGAGGGAUGUGCUUUACGCGCUCCAAAACACACUGCAUCUCAUUGGAGGGCCGGAAUCUCCCCUGUUCAAGAGGCUUUUGAGGAUGAUGGCCGAGGUUGCGCUGCCUGUUCCUGACGUCCCAGAAAUUAGUUACCAAUAUCAUAAGAUCGAUGCAGGAAAUGAUGGAGAACACAUCAAGGAUUACAAAUAG